UGCCGGAGAGCAGCAGAAAUUAGAGCCAGGGAGGGACCGCGGCGGCAGCAGCCAAGGCGAAAGAGGAAACUGCCAAAGAGGAAGCUCUGCCGCAGCCCGAGUCUCCCUGCGCUCCGCAUCCUCGGGCUCUGCAUCCCCGCGCCCAGCAUCCCCCUGCGCCCGCGCCGCGCCCCCGGCGCCCCUCCCCAGCGCACCCCCGGUAGCCCCACCGCGCUAGUCUGCCAUGGCCCGGGAGAACGGCGAGAGCAGCUCUUCCUGGAAAAAGCAAGCGGAAGACAUAAAGAAGAUCUUCGAGUUCAAGGAGACCCUCGGAACUGGGGCCUUUUCUGAAGUGGUUUUAGCUGAAGAAAAAGCAACUGGGAAACUCUUCGCAGUCAAGUGCAUCCCGAAGAAGGCGCUGAAGGGCAAGGAGAGCAGCAUCGAGAAUGAGAUCGCCGUUCUUAGGAAGAUUAAGCAUGAAAACAUUGUUGCCCUGGAAGAUAUUUAUGAGAGCCCGAAUCACCUGUACUUGGUCAUGCAACUUGUGUCCGGUGGAGAACUCUUUGAUCGGAUAGUGGAGAAGGGGUUUUACACAGAGAAAGAUGCCAGCACUCUCAUCCGCCAGGUCCUGGAUGCUGUGUACUAUCUCCACAGGAUGGGCAUCGUCCACAGGGACCUCAAGCCUGAAAAUCUCUUGUACUACAGUCAAGAUGAGGAGUCCAAAAUAAUGAUCAGUGACUUUGGUUUGUCAAAAAUGGAGGGCAAAGGAGAUGUGAUGUCCACGGCCUGUGGGACCCCAGGCUACGUUGCCCCUGAAGUUCUUGCUCAGAAACCAUACAGCAAAGCUGUUGACUGCUGGUCCAUUGGGGUGAUCGCCUAUAUCUUGCUCUGUGGCUACCCUCCUUUUUACGAUGAGAAUGACUCGAAGCUGUUUGAACAGAUCCUCAAGGCAGAAUAUGAGUUUGAUUCCCCCUACUGGGAUGACAUCUCCGACUCUGCAAAAGACUUCAUUCGGAAUCUGAUGGAGAAAGACCCAAAUAAAAGAUACACAUGUGAGCAGGCCGCUCGGCAUCCAUGGAUUGCCGGUGACACCGCUCUCAGCAAAAACAUUCAUGAAUCUGUCAGCGCCCAGAUCCGGAAGAACUUUGCAAAGAGCAAAUGGAGACAAGCGUUCAACGCCACAGCCGUCGUGAGACACAUGCGAAGGCUACAGCUCGGCAGCAGCCUGGACAGUUCAAAUGCAAGUGUCUCAAGCAACCUCAGUUUGGCGAGCCAAAAAGAUUGUCUGGCACCUUCCACGCUCUGUAGUUUCCUUUCUUCUUCGUCGGGGGUCACAGGAGUCGGAGCUGAGAGGAGACCCAGGCCCACCACUGUGACGACAGGGCACACUGGAAGCAAGUGACCCGGCUCUGGAGGUGGGACCCAGGGGGCGGAGCCGGGGAAAGGGAAGCCCCAGGCCGGAGCAGCUCCAGCAUCGGAGACCCCACCCACCCUGCAUGGUGCGCCUGCAUAGGACUGGAAGACAGAAGUUUUUUAUGGCCAUAUUUUAUACUGCAAUUCUGAUGUGUUCAUUUCUCACAAACUGUACUGACUCAAGGGGAGCUGACUUCACAGGAUCUGGUGCUGUAUAUACGAAUCUUGCAAAGCUCUAACUGAAUGGACCUUCUUGCUCCCCUCCCCCCAACUCCACCACUUCCGCUCUCUCAGUGUAGGAAGCCAUCUAGGGUGUAUUUUUUCAUGAAAAAAAAAAAAGGUUUCAACUGGAUUAUUUAAAUAUUGGUAAAUGUUGUGCAUUAGGAUUUUUUUUUCUUUUUGAGACGUGUCUUUUUUGAUCUCUUGUCAGUUACAUGACCUCUCUCAUUCGCUCCUUUAAUGGUGGCUUUCUGUUACCUUUAAGAGAUUUUUUUUUCCCCUCCAGGAGGAGUUAAAAGGUAUUUUUUAAAAUUCUAAGAGGAUCAAGAAUCCGUCUCCAAGGCUGAGUGCACUUUACCUGUGUUCCCUGGCCCUAGGGAGGUCACCCCACCCUUGGGCUGGGCAGGCUUCUCUCCAGGGGGCUUUUGGCAAGGAAUCUGCAGAAAACCUUACCAGCAGCUUCCCCUGAGAACCCCUAACCAGCCACAGAAGAGAUAACCUUGUUUCUGCCCUAAACUCCAGGCUCCACAUUACAGGUGAACUGCACUCUAGGAACAGGAUCCCGGCAGGGCCAAGGCAUAGGAGCCUCCCUUAGAGGCGGGACUAGCCACCAUCUUGUUUUUUAAAUUAACCACACACAGCCCUCAUUUCUCAUGGGGAUGAUGGAUGAAACUCUGUUCUCAGCUAUGCACUUUCAAAACGACUCUCUCUGCUUGUUUUAAUUUUUUAAAUUCAUUUCUAAUGCUACCCUUCAAAUGGCCUAUAGCACACACUUUCCCCCCUCCACAAUUUUACCCGAUUCUCUCAUGAACAUUAGCCAAGGGAGGGGACAGAAAAGGCCUUGAAGAAGAAACCUUUUUGUUAGGUGAGAAGGAAAGGCACCAGGUGGGCAGGAUAUGGCCCACCUCAGAGAUGGCCGACUCAGCAAGGUCCAGCUGGUACAUAAGCCUUCCCUUACAUCAGAGGGAUCUAAAAUGAAAAGUAGCUGGGGUGGUCAGGGCAUUGUAUGGCCUGGUUUGCCAGGGACUGAAGAAUUUCCCCGGAUAUGGAACUUGAAGGCUAAAAUCAGGACUGUCCUAUGAAAACCAGUCCAUGUCAUUGACCUGCACAGUGGUUAGAUAUAGGAGAAGAGCAGGCACAGAGCAUAGGCCAGGGCAGACAUUCUCCAAGGAGGCUCUCAGACCUAGGCAGGUAGCUCAAAUGCCGGUUUUGCCCACGUUCCCCUUCAGCUCUCACGUCUGUUUAAAGCCUGAGCCUCAGCAGCAGUCAGUGGCAGCCAACCAAGAUGGGCUGUGAUAGUGUCCCUGAUGGCCCAGGCACAGUCCUGAGGUGGUUGUCCUCAUACCACUCUCAGUCCUGCUAGACAAGUAAGCCAUCCUUGUCACUUGUACACUUUCACCUCUAGCCCUCCCCAGUGCACAUGGUGCACAUAUGCACAUACACACACACACACACACACACACACAGUAUCACUAGGGAAGCAGCUCCAGUCCCCCAAAGAACCCAGUGCAAGAUACCUAAGAGCAGUUCCAAAGUCAGACAUCUGGUCUACCUGUUCCCACUUGCAUCAUAAGCUCCCAGUUUCAAAGUCAGACAUCUGGUCUACCUGUUCCCAAUUGCAUCAUAAGCUCCUGAAUGCUUAGUGAGAAUCCUGCUACACAAGCCCAAAGAAGAGUAGCAGUUUGAAGCUUUCAUUUCAAAAUCUAUAGAUCUCUUGGGAAGAGUUUCUAAGAUGACAACAGACCCAGACGGAAAGCAGAUGCCACUGAGUAUGGAGACUUACCCACCUACUCCACCCUUCAGAAAGGCAAUGAAAUAAAUAUUACAAACAGUAUUUAAGAAAGCCCAGAAAUGUUUCUAAAGAAGUUUAUAGGAUAUUUCCUACCAACAAGUAUCAUGGGAAUAUCCAAGUUCAUAUAAUAAUAAAAAAAAAAAUACAGGUGUGCUUGGCAGGCUAUAAUUAUAACAUUUGGGAGACUGAGACAGAAGGAUCUCAGUUUCUAUGCAUUCUGAGCUAAUUAGUAAAUCCUUAUAUCAAAAGGAAAGAAAGGAGGAAGGGAUGGAGGAAGGAAGGAGGUAGGCAGGUUGGUUGCUGCAGUAGGUGAUUUUACCUGAGUUUGACCUUUCAUGUGUUAGCCCUUUAUGCUGUAUGGUACACAUAACUAUUUGCACCUACAAAGUAACAUUAUUAUUAGGGAUGAAAGGACUUCAUAGAGCUGGUAUAUGGGUACAUGGACUACAUAUAAAUAUAUAUGAACUACAAAUAAACACAGAGCAGUUGAAGAGUGAACCCUGGUACAGAUGUCUACCUUGCAAUCAACUAUGCUUGAUUCAACCUUGACAUAUCGGGUCUCCAUGAGCUGGUGUAAAGAAGAUGAUCGCCAGUGCCAGCCCAGUAGAAGAUAAGGCUGAACAUGUCUUCAAGAAGCACAUACAUGAUGUCACUAACUUGGGUUAUUUCCUACUAUUUUAAGAAAGGUGAAAACAUGUACCACCCAAGUCUUCCACUCUGAGAAAGUCAGGAUGGAAGAAAGAUGAAGUUUCACUUCCAGUUGGUAUUGUUAUAGAAUAAUGUAUCAGACUAUAGAAUGGACUUAGUCUUAAGAGCUGGAAAAUGGGGUGGCAACAUCUUGGCUCUCUCACUCUUGUUAGAUUCCGCUGACAUAGUCUGAGAAUUUCAUGCACAUACCAGUAUGCUUGGCAGCAUCCUGUGGACACACAGGCCUCUCCCUCUCAGAUUAUUUUCCUAAUAUCAAGCUCUUACCAGCCCCACUCCCCACUAUAGCCUCUUCACAUUUUCGGAGCAAGUAGAUAUUUAUUUCUUUACUUUGUUAUGAAAUUUUGAAAUAUUUCCAGAAUAUUCUUUCCCUCUGCUUCCUGCCUGUCCCUCCCUCUUUUCCUGGCCUUCACCCAUACUUGAGGCAGAAAGCGCAGCUAACCCUCAUCUAAAACCAACAGGGAAUCGGAGGGGAGCACCUUCAGCUCCAAGGCCAAUAGCUUGUCAUUCCUAAUCAUGGGAUCUGUAGAGUUUGGAGCUUCGUGUGGGGGUUAGGGAGGGACAAAGGCAGUUGUAAGCUGGAGGGACAGGGUCUGCCACAAAACUCUUGAGGAAAUGGGAGCUGCCCAGUGACUGAGGCAGCAACCCCAGUGUCACAAGCCUUUGUAAGAAGUCUGGCUGCUUUUUACCCCUUCCUACUGCCUCUAACCCCAAAGGGACUCUGACUCCAGAAAAAUCAGCUGCCAUUCACCUCUCUGUGUGAAAGAAAAGAACUCUGGAGAAGGCAUUGAAACAAACCAAAAAGUAUGGAUUCCUGCCCUUGACCUUGAUUCUGGGUCACUUCUAAAAUGCCACCUUGAGUCUCCAGCCAUACCACUUUGACUGUGCCCAAUGUCAUCUAAGAUGCCUCCUUAAGAAGACAGCCACAUCCAUUUGCACAUUGUGGUUUUGAGAGACUUCCAAGCUUCAGAAAUCUCUGAUUGUGGUAUUUGAGGAUCAUGGCAGUUGGCUCAGUGAAUCCCAGACACUGUUUACCUUCUUAACCUUUUUGUGUCUACACCACAAUGCCCAGCUUGGGCUGGAUAGCUUAUAGAUGGCAGAGGGAACUGGUCUUUACACCACAGGCCAAGAACAGUGUGGACACUGGAGAAGGAACCAGCUGGUCCCCUCUUGAGAGGUUGAUCUCCCAUGGGAUGCAAAACAUGGUAUGGUCAGCACUUGGGUUUGAUGUGUUAUGAGCAUGUUUAAACAGUAGGGAAAGCCCACCCAGUAGAAAUGACUGGGAUUUUAGAGCUCUAGGUAUCCCUUUGGCCUACUCAGAGUUAUGGCCAGAACUGACAUUUCACGCUGGGGAAACCAUCCUGGUGCCAUUAUUCCCAGCUGCUUGCAGGCGGGAAACCUGGGGCCAGCAGCGCCUCUUCCUUGCUAGAUUUGCGCAAGCGUUAUGCUAGGUUGUCCUAGGCCACGAGGAAGGAAGGUGAGGGCCGGGGAAGGACAGCUCCUUCCAUUUUUCAUAAAGAGAAAUCGGGUUUUCCGGGUUUGUACAAUCACUCCCAGCAAGUGAGAUAUGGGCCCUGCUUGCAUGUCCUACAGAACCAGUGUUAGGUCCCCAUCCUGUCUCUUCACAUUCCAACAAUUGCCUUUCCCUUGAAGACAUUCCAGACCAAACACUGUUCAGUUUGUUUCCAAAAUUAAAAACCAAUGUAUAUAUCUGUAUGUACUCCAUCUCUCUUUAAGGGGUUACCUGGUCCUAGGUUGGAGCUGCAAGCAGAAAAGGUAUUCCAAUCCUUCAAUUUUCAGAAUUGAAAGUUUUGAGGUGGCUUUUUUGUUUGUUUGUUUGUUUGUUUGUUUGUUUUUUAAGCCACGCUGGGGAAGCAGAUUUUUGAAAGGCAAACUUACUUCCUGCUACCUCUACAAAGAUUUGUGUGUAAGUGAGUUAGCUUGAAAACUUCAACCCUGGGUAGCAGGCAGGUCUAAGGAAGAGAGGAGAAGGAAAGGCCAUACCCUAUCCACCAGGUCCCUUCUUGGUGGUCUCAGUGCAUCACGGUCUGCCUGCUGCUCUGGUGUGUGCACUGGAGCCCAGCUGUGAAGUCGGCCCUGCAUGCUGGCUACAGCCUGGCCUGCCUUCUGCCAGCAGCCAAAGUCUUCACAAUCAGCAGGGAGGACUGCGCCCUGUGUCGCCUUCCCUGUGAACUCCAGUGGGAGCAGCUCAGCUUGCAGCUUUACGGGUUCCACUCUUGCAAACCCAAAGGCUGUCUGUGCAUUUGGAAGCCAAACAUUCAGUUCAGCAUGUGGCUGCUGUGGCUGGUUUUGUGGACAAAAGCAAGCUGUGGAAUGGCUUCUCUGUGUCUGUGUUUUUCUAAGCCAAAGGGAUAAACAGUUGCAUCGACCCCUUGUAUUAAAGCCGCUUCUGCAUCCUCCAUACCCGCUUUUAACCUUCUUUGUCUCUGGGGAGUUUGUUACAUAAUUACCGCGUCCUCUGAUGAUUUACCAAACUAUGUUACUUAUAGGUGAUUUUAUUUUCCUUAUGGAUGGGAAAAAUGGAAAAGCUGAGACAUGUUUGAGGCUUUAGUCAAAGACAUCACUCAAAAGUCCCAAACACUAGUUAACUUGCUUCUCAAUUGGGAAAAAAAAAAUCUUAGUUUGAACAGACAAGGAUUCUGAGGCCCUGCUGGAUAACCCUGCACUUUGGAAAACCAAGCCCAGGGAGGGCAGAGCUGGCAGUCAGGCUACAAAAGAGACAAAGAAGGGGCUAGAACAUCAGCUCAGGUGUUUGUCCCACACUGCGGAAGCUGUGGUUCUCCUUGUAAGGUACUUGGCCAUUUUCAGGCAAUGUAAGACGGUGUCCAGUAUCACAGCAGUGUCUUCAGUUUGACAGACCGCAUGUUUCAGAGAACAUUUACCUUAGUCCCACAUUCAGGUGAGAAGACACCAAAGGUACAUUCUUUCCAGAACAUCCAUUGGAACAAUGUCUAAAUUGGCUUCUGUGGCUAUCUGUGAUGUAAUUGGCCUUCAUCAAGCUCUCUCCCGACAGUGGGCAUGUUUUCCCAACAGCUUCCACCGUCAAACCCAGGAUCGGCCCCACUCACUAUGACCAGGCUUGCAAUUGGUUUGAUUUUUUUCAUACAUGCUUGUCCAAAAAAAAUUUUAAAAAGUAAAAGAAGGGAAACUGUGCAUUUAUCCCAUGCAUGUAAUAAACUCUGCAAGAAGUUUAACCCCCAUAGGUUUGCGGCACUGCAAAAUUGUUCAUGGGUCUAUGUAGCAAACGAUUCUCUGCCUUGACAAUCAUGUAUACAUAUCGAUUUCUAUCAUAAUGAUAAUGAGAUUGAUGACUUCUUGUUUUCCUCCAAUAAAGAGAAUUAAUCACC